AUGGAGACUCCUAAGGCUGGAGCCAAGCGCCGCCCGGCGCCACUGGCACCGAAGGCACCUGCCAAGAGCGCGCCGAAUGCCGUGCGCGUCGGCGGAGGGUUCAAGGUGCUGGCGCCCAACCCGCCGAAAGCCCCAACGCCUCCAAAGGCCGGCAGACGGCCGAAAGCGAAGGCGAAGACGAAGGCUGCCAGUUCCAUCGCUGAGGAGGCUACGGUGGUCGAGCAGGACGGACCGGUGGAGAUGGUGCAGGAGCUCGAGCAAUCGGCGCCCCCACCACAGGAGGAGUUGAGCCAUGAGCAGCUGAAGCAACGAGCCUGUCAGGCAAUGGUCACCGCCGACCACUUCUUGGGCUUGUGCCGGUUUGAACGGGCUGCCGAUCUCUUGGAGACCCAGCUCGAAGCUAUCUCCGAUGAAUCCUGUCCGCUUUGCAAUAGCGACUUGCACGUGGAGCUUCUCACAAAGUAUGGAGGCAUCCUCUGGUGGGACGGAGAUGGGGAGGGCGCCAUCGAUGCCUACACUGCUGCGGACGAAGUUCUUGCGGAGCGAAUGCAGGCAGAGAAGGAUCUGCAGCUUAUGCGGCGGCGUGCGCAGAUUUGGGGCCUCAUGGCCCAGGUCUACCGCCGCGCCGGCCGUCUUGGUGCUGCU